AUGACGUCCAAGAAGCAGAAGAAGCCAAGUACUAAUGAAGUGCGAGACUGGUCCUCUCUUCCCAAGCUUCCUCUCUCCAUCAUCGCAUCUCAACUUGACGCAAUCGCCCACGUCUUCUUCCGUUCCACCUGCACCACCUGGAGCACCAUCUCCCCACGUCCAAAACUCCCCUUCGUCAUCCUCGCCAACCAUACCAACUUGCAACGCCGCACCUCAGUUAUGUUCUUUGACAUCGACAUCAACCUUCUCAUCCACCUCCCCAAAUCUUCCUUCGAGUUUGGCUCUAUCUUCUGCGGCUCCUCCCAUGGCUAUCUUGCCUUUCUUGAUCCUGCCUCCAAGCUAUACCUCAUCAACCCCAUCACCGGCCACCAAAUCUUGCUCCCUAAGCACAGUGCACAGUACCGAAAAAAUAAGAAGUUUAGAGGUCUUCAUUUUCAGGUAAAGCUUGCACUCUCUGCCCCACCAACCGAUCCACAAUGUGUCUUUGCGGCCAUCUCACGGUCUCACAAUCAAGUUGACGUCUUCAAGAUGAGCAGCAUUUCAUGGAAAACACUCUUGUCUGAUGGGUGUCACUUUAGUGACAUUGUCUUUUACAAGGGUUAUUUCUACUUGUGUUCCAAUAAGGCACUUUACCGUCUUGAUCUUGAAGCCAAUGGUGGGACUGGAAUGAUUGUUAAUGUCCCACUGGCAUUGCCAGUGGACUCAGUUGAUAUCGGUGAGUCCUUUUAUGACAUUUUUCAGAGGUUGACUUAUCUGGUCGAGUUAUCUGGCUAUCUUCAUAUGGUCCGAAUGCAUGUGGAUGGGGAGGAUACUUAUUAUGAGUUCUUGAAGGUGGAUUUUGAGAAGGAGAGGCUUGAAAUGGUAAAGCUUGGAGUAGAAGAUUUGAUGUUCUUGGGGAUUAGUUUGGGUAUUGGAACCAACGCAAAGAGGUACCAAGGAUGCAGGAAUGAGAGUAUGUUCUUGACUAAGUUGACAAAUGAUUCUGAAGAGCCUGGUGUGUUUUGUGCCGAGAAGCCAGAUAUUAAUUGUUAUCUCGAGGAGUUCCAUGGUAUUGAUCAGUGGGAUACUCUUGGUUGGCUAGUUCCAAAUUUUUCUUUGUAG